UGUAAACAGCUCUCCAGGGCACAGCCUGAACAUGCACUCCUAACGCACUACGCGAUCGAGCCCCAGCCCUUCUUCCCGCUCCUUUUGCUGGACGAGGUCCAGUGCCCUCUGGCCCCCCUGGCGGGCCAAACAACAAACGCCAGGUGCUAAGAAAUGGUGAAUCAGCUCAGCUCUAGGCCAGGGGUACACGCUGGCGCGCCAGCUGCGAUGGGAGCCUGCCGGGGCCCCGGCUUGCUGCUGCGCCGGUCGUUGACAGCAGUCCGGUGCUUUAAAAGCAACUCUUCUGAUGAUGCUGGCGCGAGGUCUUCGACUGUCAGCUCACUGAAGCUGAACUUCAAGGUCGGGUACCGUGUCAACUUUGGACAGACAAUUGCCAUGAUUGGAUCCGGUGACGCGCUGGGGAACUGGGACCCGAAGCGGUCUAUCGCCAUGAAAUGGACGGACGGUGAUUACUGGACCGUCGAGCUGAACGUGGCGCCCGGCAGGUCUGCGCUAGACUUGGAGUACAAGUACGUGGUCGUCAACUCGGAUGGGCACAUUGGCUACUGGAAGCCGGGCAGCAACUACAAGGUAACGCUGCCCCUGAACAGCAGCGGUAGCAAGGUGCCCAAGCGGGUCAAGGUGGCGGACGCGUGGGAUGACUCCUACAAGAAGGUGGAUGUGGAGGAGGCCGAGGCACUGCCUGCGUCGCCAUCCAGCAAGGGCACGAGUGCGGCUGCCGCCGCCCCGCCGCCACCGCCCAAAGCGGCGCCGCCCCCGCCGGCUGCUGCCGCGGCCAGCAGCAGCGCCCCGGCUUCUGGCGCUGCCCAGCCUAAAGCGGCGGCUCAGGCGCCACCAGCAGCAGCACCGCCGCCUCCACCGCCUCAGCAAGGAAAGCAGCAGCAGCAGCAGCCAGCCGCUGCUGCGCAGCAGGCGGCGCCAUCCAACGGUGCUGGGCCAUCGCAGAAACCGCAGAACGGCAUACCGCGGGCAACCUCACCGCGCUCCGGGUCGGCGCCCGCCGGCUUCGCGGCCAUCACGUCUAUCCCGGCCAUUCAUCCAACAUUGAUGGCGGAGCAGGAGCGCCUUGAAGACGGGGUAAAGAUGUCGCUGGAGGACCUGCAGAACCAAAUGGACAAGCACCAGCAGCUGCGGGAACGCACCGACGAGGCGAAGCUGGCAGCGGCGGAGGCGCGGGCGUCGGUGCUGGCCGAAGCGGUCGCGGCCCUGACCAAAGAAGUCGCCAGCCUGAAAGACCAGCUGUCAGACAUGCGCGCGUUGCUCACAUCUACAAGCGAGCUGCUGGUCUCAGUGCUGCGCCAGCCGCUGCCGGGCAGCGGGUCGGGUGGUGCCACACAGCAGGUGUUCGUGGGCGCGCCUGGCUUCGCCGCGUUCGCCAUGCAGCAGCCGCAGCAGCAGCACACGACCGGCGGCGGCAUGGCGUCGUGGUGGGGGCCGCAGCAAUUGCCACAGGCCGGGCAGGGGCAGUACAGCCAAUACAGCCCCGCGGCCCUGCAGCACUCGGAGCAGCCGGCAGCAGCGUCGUGGGCGCCCGCGGCGGCGGCUCCGACGGUCAUCCCGGUGGGCACGGAGCAGCCGGCGGUGGACGUUGCGCCGGUGCCCGCAGCGCAGUCUGUCGGUGGUGCCGGGCUGGUGCUGCCACAGCUGCCUGCAGUCGCAGCGCGGCGCGUAGACGCGCGACGGACCAGCCUGGUGCGGACGAUGGUCCGACGCCAUGCGGCUGGCCACCCGCGCGUUGCGGUGCUGGGGCGGGGCCUUGCAGCUCGGAAGGCAGCCGCUAAAGCGGCGGCGCCUGACCCCGCACCUGCCGCCCACCCGGAGUCGCCGACGGACGUCACGCCGCAGGCACCCAGCGCACCGUCCUCGCAACCAGUGAUGGUUCUUACGCCGGCUGCAGCUAGCCCGCACCCCAGCAGCAACAGCAGGGAUACAGGACGCCAGCAGGCAGACAGCAGCGCUCCCAUCGCCCCUGCUGCACCCGCCAACCGCGCGCGCGCUGCCUCAGCGGCAGCACUCAGUGCGCCCCCCGUGCGCGCGCCGAUGGCCUCCGCGGCCAAGGCUGCUGCUGUCGCGGCUGUUCUGUUGCCGGUGGUGUGUGGCGUGGGCCGCGGUGCCAAGCGCGGCGCGCGCGGCCGCUUCAACAUGCAACAGUACCGGGACGCGGUGCGGGCGCGUGCAAAGGAUGCGCCGGCCUGCAUUGAGCUCAGCGCGGUGAAGAAUGAGGGUGUUUGGGCCGACGUGAAUCAGCCGCAGCAGCUCACGCCGACAGAGUUCAUGCAGGAGGCGGGGCUGAAGGGGAAGAACUGGAAGGCCAGCAUUCGGGUAGUGGCAAACGGGGAGGUGGGCGCGGCGCUGAGCGAGGUGCUGGCUCAGGUCGCGGACCAUCCUGCGGCUGUGGAGGUCCUGGUGGCAGACCGAAUCGUCGCCGCAGCCAACAACCGCGUGGUGGCAUACAACAAGGCUCUUAAAGCGGUGCAGGAGUAUAACCGCCUGCCGCCCAGCGCCGGCCCUGCAUCACAGGAGAAGGCGCAAUAAGCGAUGGCAGCCUUGGGUGGACGGACGGUGUGGUGCGCUCAGAGGCAGCAGUCCCGGCUUGUAGAAUUGACCGCCAGCCGUCCAUGAACGGCUGGGCUAAGCGUGGAAUACUGGCGGGGAUGACAGUGUUAACUGAUUGGGGUGCGUGGGUGCGUCCAAGCGAGCGCUAUGUUUUGGUUCAAGAGGUGUGAGUGCGCGCCAGAGGUGUCGCCUGAGUGCAAGUAGAUGGAAUGGCCAGGAAGAAGGUCGUGCGGUUGACGGCAAAGAAAGUAUCUAAUCUUGGUGUGUUCGAAACAUACUCCCAUGUGAACGCCGCAUUGACGGCGAUUGUGUUUUACGGUCUGUACCACCAACUCCGAGAAGCGUAAAUGUGUGCCGAGAGCGGUAUGUUCAUGACGGUGUGUUCGAGGGUGUCGUUCAUUUACAGUGCAUUCUUUUAAGCAUCUUGCAGGGUGCUGCUUGCAGGCUUGAAUUUGUGUGGAUAGGCCUCAGGCAGAAGUUGUAGACGCAGAGCUGAUAGACAGGCACGAGAGGAGGGCAGCCGGAGCAGGGUGAAUGGUGUGCAAUCCGCAGGCACACAGGGCAUGCGCCCAAGGUGGCACAAGGGCAGGCAAAGGCUGCCGUAUGUAAGACUAGUCAAGC